GAAGUGGCGGCUGCUCUGAGUCCGCACCUUUUCCGGUAACACAGUACCACCGCUGCGAGAGGGAGGGAGUGAGCGAGCGAGAGGGGCGAAGAGAAGACCGAGCGUGGGGGAGAAACGGCCCGGGCACCGGGGGGAACGAUAGCCGCAGACAAGGGGGAGAGGAGAAAGUCGGAUGAAUCACUGACCUUUUCGGGGCCAUCCUCUACGGAAAGAGGGGUUUUUUGAAUCCGUGUGUUGCAGCGGUGAAUUUCAUCGACAGGCCCUCAGACGAGUGUGGACGACCGGCGGCGGAGGAAAAGUGCUAAGCCCGGGCUUGGACUGGGCCUGACUCCCGCUAAGGGCUCUGGAGGUGCUUGCAAGUUGGUUUCUGUUAGAUAAGUCUUUGUGGAAAUGUUGAUUUUGAAAGGCACGGGUUAGAUUGAUGCUACAAGGGCUACGGCACACCCACUCAGGUCACAUAUAAUACUAUUUUGAUUGUUAUUAGAGACGCUUUACUUCAUUCCCCCCCAUCCAACAAAGUAUUUAUGCCCAGCAAACAAGAUGGGGAAAAUGCUGUCAAAGAUCUUUGGCAACAAGGAGAUGAGAAUAUUAAUGCUUGGACUUGACGCGGCGGGCAAAACCACCAUCCUGUACAAGCUGAAACUGGGACAGUCGGUCACCACCAUCCCCACGGUGGGCUUUAACGUGGAGACGGUCACCUACAAGAACGUCAAGUUCAAUGUGUGGGACGUGGGCGGCCAGGACAAGAUUCGGCCCCUGUGGAGACACUACUACACCGGCACCCAGGGCCUCAUCUUCGUGGUGGACUGUGCCGACAGGGACCGUAUCGACGAGGCCCGCCAGGAGCUCCACCGCAUCAUCAACGACCGCGAGAUGAGGGACGCCAUCAUCCUAAUCUUCGCCAACAAGCAGGACCUCCCCGACGCCAUGAAGCCCCACGAGAUCCAGGAGAAGCUGGGCCUGACGCGGAUCCGGGACAGGAAUUGGUACGUUCAGCCCUCGUGUGCCACGUCUGGGGAUGGACUCUAUGAAGGCCUCACCUGGCUUACCUCAAACUACAAAUCUUAAUGCCCCACCAGCCUGGAUUGAACGCUCGUCAAUGAAAACACGGGAGAGAGUAUAAUGCAGUUAAUUACACAACCUCCCUGCUCAGUAGCAAUUAUAUCCUUUUAUGUCCCCUUUUCCACUAUAACCCAAUUUUUUUCCCCCUUGCUUUGCAAUCAGUUUAAAUAUAAUUUCAGCUCUUAUUUUUGGCAAUUUACUUGGCGUUUACGACUUUUUGACUUGAUUCAGUGUUCCGGCUGCAUCCAAAGGAUGGGAGGACAACUUCUGGGAUGAAUCGCCUUUUAUCAGCACAUCACUCUCAACGUUUUCUAAGAAUGUCUUUGUCGGACCUCACAAACAAAGAAAAAAAAGUGAUUGUACAUGUUAAUUUUUUUGGGGGGUGGGGGGGGUGCUUACAGGACUAUAGAUGGACGUUGGACAUUGGCUCACUGUGAUAUGGAUUCUUUCUCUCACACGGAUCUUCCAUUGCAUUGUUUGUAGUUUCAGCUGCCUUAAAAAGAAAUUGGGUGUUCUUUGCACUUUGGGAUGGAAUGGCAAGGGUGGGGGUUAGAGGUGGGGGCACUUUGCUGGCUGUGCGUUUUUUUUAGUUUGACAGACUUUUGGACCCUGGCAAGUGUUUUUACAACAUCCUCAACCCUCCACACCACCUCCAUUUUUGUCACAUUGGUGCUUCAAUGACAGUCCCCCCUCCCCCAUAUCAUCUAUCAUCUUCAUCUAAUAGCUCACACACUUCUGUUUCAUCUCUUUUUUUUUCUUUUUUUUUUUGCUAUGCUGAUUGAAGUAAUAAAAAUAAUUAUAUCCAGAUCAGUCAAGAAGUGACGCCUUUUUCAGCGCCGCCGUAAGGUGACAUGUGACGUGCGUGAAGAGGAAGCGAGGGCGUUGGGGCAACGGUAGAGCGCCGACGUGGCUUCCUGCACACUCCUGAGUCACCGCCACACAGUGAAUAAAUGAUGACGUCGUCUCCGCUUUCGCACGCGACUCCACGCCACACGUCACCUCGAGAGCUCAACCUCCGUUACAAUAGUUCAUUUUAGUAUAUGAGGAAGUAGCCACGGGCUACAAACGGCCCCUGUGUUGAUUUAAACGUGACAAAAUUUCUCUUUCUCACGAUAAUAAAUAAAUGAAUCACACAAUAAACCAACUGGAUAA